AUGCCCACCUCUGCCCCUCUCGUCAGCACGGCCAAUGGCCCCAACGCCAACGACAACAUCACCCGCUUCGAGCCUCCUAGCCGAGUGCGCUCUCCCUUUACCGAUGCCCUUUUCCACAACAAGACAAGAUGUUUCGUAUACGGUAUGCAACCCCGAGCGGUUCAGGGUAUGCUCGACUUCGACUUCAUCUGCAAGCGCAGCACCCCCUCCGUUGCCGGUAUCAUCUACACAUUCGGCGGCCAGUUCGUUAGUAAGAUGUACUGGGGCACCAGCGAGACCCUCCUCCCCGUCUACCAGGACACCGCAAAGGCUUUCGCCAAGCACCCCGAUGUUGACACUGUCGUCAACUUCGCCUCCUCCCGCUCCGUCUACAGCUCCACCAUGGAGCUGAUGCAGUUCCCUCAGAUCAAGUCCAUUGCUAUCAUCGCUGAGGGUGUCCCCGAGCGCCGAGCCCGUGAGAUUCUGGUGACUGCCAAGGAGAAGGGUAUCACCAUCAUUGGACCUGCUACCGUCGGUGGUAUCAAGCCUGGUGCUUUCAAGAUCGGUAACACCGGUGGUAUGAUGGAUAACAUUGUGGCUUCCAAGCUCUACCGCAAGGGUUCCGUUGGUUACGUCUCCAAGUCUGGUGGUAUGUCCAACGAGUUGAACAACAUCAUCUCUCAGAACACCGAUGGUGUUUACGAGGGUGUCGCCAUUGGUGGUGACCGUUACCCUGGUACUACCUUCAUCGACCACCUGCUCCGCUACCAGGCUGAGCCUGAGUGCAAGAUCCUUGUCCUGCUCGGUGAGGUCGGUGGUGUUGAGGAGUACCGUGUAAUCGAGGCCGUAAAGAACGGUACCAUCACCAAGCCAAUUGUUGCCUGGGCUAUCGGUACCUGCGCUAGCAUGUUCAAAACUGAGGUUCAAUUCGGUCACGCCGGUGCCUCGGCCAACUCGGACCUCGAGACUGCUGUUGCCAAGAACAAGGCGAUGCGCGAAGCUGGAAUUCACGUCCCCGAGACCUUUGAGGAAAUGCCCGAGGUUCUCAAGAAGGUCUACGACGAGCAGGUUGCCAAUGGCGUCAUUGUCCCCGGAAAGGAGCCCGUCCCCCCUAAGAUCCCUAUCGACUACUCUUGGGCCCAGGAGCUCGGUCUCAUCCGUAAGCCUGCUGCCUUCAUCUCCACCAUCACCGACGACCGUGGCCAGGAGCUCCUGUACGCCGGUAUGCCCAUCUCCGACGUGUUCAAGGAGGACAUUGGCGUUGGUGGUGUCAUGUCUCUUUUGUGGUUCCGCCGCCGCCUUCCCCCCUACGCUACCAAGUUCUUGGAAAUGGUUCUCAUGCUCACCGCUGAUCACGGUCCCGCCGUGUCUGGUGCCAUGAACACCAUCAUUACCACUCGUGCCGGCAAGGACUUGAUCAGUGCUCUCGUCUCUGGUCUUUUGACUAUUGGAUCUCGUUUCGGUGGUGCUCUCGACGGCGCCGCUGAGGAGUUCACCAAGGCUUUCGACCGGGGUAUGAGCCCUCGUGACUUUGUCGACACCAUGAGAAAGGAGAACAAGCUCAUUCCCGGUAUCGGUCACCGUAUCAAGUCCCGCAACAACCCUGAUCUCCGUGUCGAACUCGUCAAGGAGUACGUCAAGAAGCACUUCCCUAGCACCAAGCUGCUCGACUACGCCAUCGCCGUCGAGACUGUCACCACCUCCAAGAAGGACAACCUCAUCCUCAACGUCGACGGUUGCAUUGCUGUUUGCUUCGUGGAUCUCAUGCGCAACUGCGGUGCUUUCUCCGCUGAGGAGACUGAGGACUACAUGAAGAUGGGUGUUUUGAACGGUCUCUUCGUCCUCGGACGUAGCAUGGGUCUGAUUGCCCACUACCUCGACCAGAAGAGGCUGCGCACUGGCCUCUACAGACAUCCUUGGGACGACAUCACAUACCUUCUCCCUGCCCUCCAGAAGGGUGGCUCUGAGGGCCGUGUUGAGGUCAACGUAUAA